GCCCAAGUAGCCAACUAACUAUAAUAAGAAUUCUCUUCUUUCUCUUAAUCUCUCUUUCUUCUCUCUAAGAGAAGCUUAUUAAGCUUCUUAAUUCUCAUUCACCCUUAUAAUUAUCUCUCUAAUAAGGGUUAAGGUUGAGUUAAUUAAUUAAUUAUAGUUAAAAAUGGCACUCUCUUCUCAUCAACUCCAUCAAUUAACCUUCAUCUUUGGCAUUCUUGGUAACUUUGUAUCUUGUGGUGUCUUCUUAGCUCCAAUGCCAACAUUUUGGAGCAUAUACAAGAAGAAAUCAACACAAGGGUUUCAAAGCAUACCCUACUCGGUGGCACUCUUUAGUGCCAUGCUGUUAUUGUACUAUGCCCUCAUCAAGGAAAGCAAUGGAAUCAUGAUCAUCACCAUUAACACCUUUGGUUUUGUCACUGAAAGCUUCUAUCUUAUAAUCUAUCUCAUUUACGCCACCAAAAAGGCUAGGGCGUAUACAGCAAGGUUGAUUGGACUAUUUAAUAUAUUAUUUUUUGGACUCAUAGUUGGUGUAACAAUGGUGUUUGUGCAUGGAAGAGAUGAACAUACAUUGUUAUCUCGUGGUGGUAUGCGUGAAAACGUUGUUGGGUGGAUUUGUGGGAUAUUCUCUGUUUGUGUAUUUGCAGCUCCACUUAGCGUCAUGAGGAUGGUAAUAAGGACCAAGAGUGUAGAGUUUAUGCCAUUUGGGUUAUCAUUCUCCCUCACGUUUUGCGCUAUUUUCUGGUUCUUCUUUGGAUUUCUCAUCAAAGACUUCUACAUUGCUUUACCAAAUGUGCUUGGAUUUGGGUUUGGAAUAGCUCAAAUGAUACUAUACAUAAUCUACAAAGACUCAUCAAAGAAGAAGCAAAAUAAGAACAUUGAUUUAGUGAUAAAAGAAGCAGAUUUAAUACAAUUACAAGAAUUGGGUGUAGACAUAAAGCAAAAUGAUGGGAAAGUUGAGAAAAAAGAGGAAGAUUCUACGGCAUUACACCCUCAAAACAAGGCUAUUACUUGUACUGCCGAAAGUAUUCAAGUUAUUGUCCAAGAAAUGGCUCAAGAGAAUAACAACAACAAUAGCCUGCACCGUGAAAUAUGACCGUUGGUAAUUCAAAAAAUGGAGAUCAUUGCAUGUAUGAAUGAAUGAGUGAGUGAACAAGACGCUACAUGCAAUGCUAUGUUUGUCGUUUCAUUCUCACCAUGCUGCGUUUUGAUGGUGGAUUAUGUGGGGUCCAUUGUUCUAAAUUACAUGAUAUGGAGAAGAUGGAGAGAGGAGGAAGAUAAUAGGAUUGAAUUUAGUAUUAAGCUUGCUUUAUGUAUAUUUUAUUAUUAUCUCUAAAAUUAAUAUCUAGAUUUAAUUGUUGUACUUUUAGUUUUCAUGUUUACGUAUUGGAAGUGAGGAGUAAUUUAUCAUUUGGUAGUAAAUAUUAUUAUGUUUAGUAAUCUCU